CAGAUCCAAUCAUCUUCUGCAUCGCCUUAUUUAUGCCUUGUGCUCCAUAUAUAUAUGGCAAAAUUAGCUGUCGAAGAAGAAGAUAAGAAGCCCUAAUCUUUUGAUUUUCGUCUGCAAUUAUACUCUCCAACAUCUCCAUCGUUGAUUAUUCAGAUCAGAUUCGCAAGGAAAGCCUGUGCGUGAAAAUUCCGUCUACUCUGUGGCGCACUGAAAGAAAUCGAUCACCGAUCGCCGGAAUAUUCUCUAGUUCGCCGAAAAUAUGCAAAAUCCAGAUUACACUUCUCCGGUAUAUUACCAGAUGCAGAACUACCCGCAGCUCUACAGCUCGAAUCCGAAUCCGAAUCCAGAUACGAACGAAGCACUUAACCACGCGCCGCCGUAUUAUGCUUCUGCGCCGCCGUACUCUCCCAGCGGUCACACGCCUUAUUCACCUUCCCCCGCCGAUUUUACCACCGCGUAUUCCUCGUCUUACCCUUCAUUUAACCCGACGCCGGAGCCCGUCCCGACUGUGCCUUCGUAUUCUCAGCCUCAAUCGUCCUACCCUCUCUCCCAAUUCGAAGUUCAUGGACCCUCAUCCCAAGCCCAAGGUCAAUUUCCAGUUCAAUCGUCGUCCUACAACCGGUCGUAUGAUGAGCCGGCCCCCAAUUACACUCCGAACCCUGACCCUAGUCUCGUUCCCCACAAUUCACGUUACCCCUCAAUCCACCCACCUUCCCAAUACCCUCAAUUGAAUUCCAAUCUUUUCGAUUCCCCGUACGAUAAUCGCGACGCGAGCUUGAGUCGAAGCAGGUCGGAUUCGAGGUCCGAGUUUUAUGGAAAACCAGCGGAGAGUGGUGGGUACAGUGCGUAUGAAAAUGAGAGCAUCUAUGGGAGUAAUGAAGGGGUAUAUGCUUACAGGGGGAACACCGAGCCGUACGGAGCUCGGGGAACUGCUCCCAAGUCUUCAUCUUGGUCUGGCUUCGAUGAUUUUGGCAGGCCAAUUGGGCAUCCUUCCUCUACUGCGGGUAAUGAGAAGCCUGUGAAUUCUGGAUUGAAGGUCGUGAGGGCAGUUCCUAAGGCAGAUACCCAGCAGGAUGCCAAAAGCGGGGUUCAGAAGUUUAGGGUGAAGUUGCUGGCAGAGAGUGCUGGACAGAACACCAUGGAUGUCCUCUGUCAGAUUGGCUUGGAUGGAAUUCGCAUGUUGGAUCCUAGUACCAGUCGGGUUUUGAGAAUUUAUCUUCUUGAUGCCAUAACCAAAUGUGAAGCCAUCGAUUCAUCCAUAUUUGCCUUCUGGUCGAAGAGUUCAGUGGACUUGGAACCAAGGCGCAUUAGAUUGAAGUCUAAUAGUUACACCACGAACACCAUUUUGGACACUGUUACUGCAGUAAUUAUACAGUAUAAGGAGAUGAGUGGAAGAAUCCGUCCUUCUGAAAAUCCAAGUGUUACCCAACAGCCCACCGAGAGAAAGAAGGGAUUUGUUGAUUUUGUUAAUUUAAUAAAGCCAGUGAUCGAAGAGAAAGAUCACUGGGUUCCUGAUGAAGCAAUCUCAAAGUGCACAGCUUGUGGAGUGGACUUCAAUGCUUUUGUGCGCAGGCAUCAUUGCAGGAACUGCGGGGAUAUUUUCUGCAACAAGUGCUCUCAGGGUAGAACUGCUCUCACAGCAGAUGAGGAUGCUCCUGUCGUAAGAGUUUGUGAUCGAUGCUUGACAGAAGUGUCUCGAAGAUUGAGAAUUGCUAAGGAUACUGCAAGCAGAUCAACUGUUAUUGAAACUCACGAGGAUCUCACAAAGAAGCUUCAGGAAGAGAUGGAGCGAAGUUGCAAGGUCUCAUCAGGCACGAGAUCAGACAAUUCAGGAAAGAGGAUGAAAGAGGUUGCCUGCCCGACCUGUACAGUACAUUUGCAGGUUCAACUCCCCAGUUCUGGUUCCGAGACAAUAGAAUGUGGUGUUUGCCAGCACCCUUUCCUCGUCACCGGACACUGAUCUUUCCGACAACAAUAUAAACUGGCUUUGUCUUCGGAGUGUCAAUCAUCGUUGGAUCCCUUUCGCUUUCGCUGUGAAUGCGCCACUUUUAUCAGAACUUUUGUGUAUUCCUGAUACCAAAUUUCUCAGUAUUAAGGCUUGCAUAUGCCUAUUAUGCAAAGAUUGAUAUAAAGUGUAAUGACCUUUUUUUUUCACUUGGGUGUUUUGUGUAUAUACUACACUUCAGUUUGGGUUGUC